AUGGCAAUAUUUAGGCGGAACAAAGCCAAGGGCCAUCUAUUUAUGCCCUCACUUUUCCUAUACGUGUUUUGCAUGGCGCGCGUGGUGAGCUGUGUAAUGCGGAUAGCAUGGGCGUGCUAUCCUGAAAGUCCACAACUUUCGAUUGCCGCGUUCAUCUUCGUAUCAGCCGGGGUGUUGAUUAUGCUUGUGGUCAACCUGACCUUCGCGCAACGCAUCCUCAGAGCAACACAGCCUACACUUGGAUGGCACCCCGGUUUCGCCAGAUUGUUUCAAGUUCUAUACGCCUUGACUGUCAUUCUAUUGAUCACAACGGUAGUUGCCAUCGUCCAAUCCCACUAUACCUUGGAUCCCCGACAGCUCCGAAUUGACUUGGAUCUGGAGCUCGCCGCAAUGACAUACUUCCUGUCUCUAGCAUUCCUCCCUGUUAUUCUCAUCUAUCUUAGCCAUGUGAUUCCCAGAACUCAAUUGAUCGAGAAGUUUGGAUCAGGUCGCUGGAAGACCAAAGUGCGGAUAUUGAUGAUCGGGACCACACUUUGUACAUUGGGCGCAGCUUUCAGAACUGGGUCUCAAUUUCUGCAUCCUCGGCGGCCCAGUGAACCAGCGUGGUAUCACAGCAAGGCAUGUUUCUACCUAUUCAACUUCACCAUUGAGGUUCUUGUUGUCUACAUGUACCUUAUCACAAGAGUUGAUCAGCGCUUCUACGUACCGAAUGGGAGCCGCAAACAUGGCGACUACUCGGGUAACAAUGUUGUAUCUGAGGGUUCAAGCGAAACCAGCGGAGCAAACAACCGUCACUCCAGUUUUAGCAGCUACGCUCGCAUAUUUGAUGGAAGCUCUUCCAUAUACUCAUGGGGCGAUGAGAAGGAAGGCAGUAUAAAAGCGCAAUCAGACUCAUGGUCUCAAUUUUCGGACGACAAAAUGGAGUACGCGGGGGCUUCAUCUGAAUCUCCUCUCGAACUACCACCCGCCGUGGUUCAGAGUAGGAUGCGGGUGGUGCCUAUCGAAGAAGCGCCAUACGUGGACAUAAGAUUUCUCCGCGAUAACUACUAUCAGAAAGACUACUGGUUUUCCGUACCGCCAUCUGUAGCUUUACAGUCAUUUGGAGUAUAA